UCAACAGGGGGCCAGCGGCGGCAGCCGUGCAGCCCUAUCCGCCGCCUUCUCAUAAACCAGCCCGUGCAGGGCUUGAGCGGGCCCCUCACACAAAGGCGAGCAGGGCAGCUCCCUGGAGGGGGUGGCGGGGCGGCGCACCUCCCCGUGCAGCGCACUCACAGCUCCUACUGCCCGCCCGUCCCCCGUGUCUGCCCCCCGCCCCUGUCCAUGUAGCCGCCGGCCCCGCUGCUGCUCCGCACUAUGCCCAUCUUACUCUUCCUGAUAGACACGUCCGCCUCCAUGAACCAGCGCACCCAUCUGGGCACCACCUAUCUGGACAUAGCCAAAGGCGCUGUAGAGACUUUCAUGAAGCUCCGCGCCCGGGACCCCGCCAGCAGAGGAGACAGGUACAUGCUGGUCACUUUCGAGGAGCCUCCCCACGCGAUCAAGGCUGGCUGGAAAGAAAAUCAUGCAACCUUUAUGAAUGAAUUGAAAAACCUUCAAGCUGAAGGACUUACGACUCUUGGCCAGUCUCUAAGGACAGCUUUUGAUUUAUUAAACUUAAAUAGAUUAGUAACUGGCAUAGACAACUAUGGGCAGGGAAGAAACCCUUUUUUUCUGGAGCCAGCAAUAAUUAUAACAGUUACUGAUGGGAGUAAAUUAACUACCACGAGUGGGAUACAGGAUGAGCUGCAUUUACCUCUCAAUUCUCCUUUACCUGGAAGUGAAUUGACUAAGGAACCUUUUCGCUGGGAUCAGAGACUAUUUGCUUUAGUUCUGCGUUUACCUGGCAUCACAACUCCAGAAUCAGAGCAGAUAGCAGGUGUGCCCGUUGAUGACUCAGCAAUUACACCUAUGUGUGAAGUCACAGGAGGUCGCUCGUAUUGUGUGUGUUCUCCAAGAAUGCUGAAUCAGUGUCUUGAGUCAUUGGUUCAAAAAGUGCAAAGUGGAGUAGUAAUAAACUUUGAAAAAUCUGGACCAGAUCCUUCACCAAUUGAAGAUGGACAAAUGGAUAUAGCUAGGUCUUUUGGACCCCAUCCUUGGCACAACUGUCACAAACUUAUCUAUGUCAGACCAAACCCUAAAACUGGAGUUCCCAUAGGCCACUGGCCUGUUCCAGAAUCCUUUUGGCCAGAUCAAAAUUCUCCAACAUUGCCACCUCGCACAUCUCACCCUGUAGUGAAGUUCUCCUGCACUGACUGUGAACCAAUGGUCAUUGACAAACUACCUUUUGAUAAAUAUGAGUUAGAACCUUCACCGCUGACCCAGUUUAUUCUGGAAAGGAAAUCUCCUCAGACCUGCUGGCAGGUGUAUGUGAGCAAUAGUGCAAAAUAUAGUGAACUUGGCCAUCCUUUUGGUUACUUGAAAGCCAGUACAGCACUGAAUUGUGUGAACCUGUUUGUGAUGCCUUACAAUUAUCCAGUCCUCCUUCCACUCUUAGAUGACUUAUUCAAAGUACACAAGGCAAAGCCAACUUUAAAAUGGCGGCAGUCAUUUGAAAGCUAUUUGAAGACAAUGCCUCCUUACUAUCUAGGGCCUUUGAAGAAAGCUGUGAGAAUGAUGGGAGCGCCUAACCUUAUAGCAGAUGGUGUGGAAUAUGGACUUAGUUACAGUGUCAUUGCAUACCUCAAAAAGUUGAGUCAACAGGCCAAAAUAGAGUCCGAUAGAGUCAUUGGCUCUGUAGGCAAAAAGGUAGCGCAAGAGACUGGAAUUAAGGUCAGAAGCAGAUCACACAACCUGUCUAUGGCACAUAGGAACGAUUUUCAACAACUGCUACAGGGGAUUACUGGGGAAAUUCCUCAUAGACUUCUAGACCUCAAUAUGAAGGAGUAUGCUGGGUUCCAAAUAGCUUUGCUGAAUAAGGAAUUGAAACCUCAGACCUUUAGAAAUGCUUAUGAUAUACCCAGAAGGAAUCUUUUGGAUCACUUAACAAGAAUGAGGUCUAAUCUUAUGAAGAUAACUCGCAAGUUUCUCAAAGGACAAGAUGAAGAUCAAGUUCACAGUGUACCAAUAGCGCAAAUGGGAAAUUAUCAGGAGUACCUAAAACAGAUACCAUCUCCUCUUCGAGAGCUUGACCCUGAUCAACCCCGAAGGCUGCAUACAUUUGGUAAUCCAUUUAAAUUGGACAAGAAGGGAAUGAUGAUAGAUGAGGCAGAUGAAUUUGUAUCAGGGCCUCAAAAUAAACACAAACGACCCGGAGAACCAAAUAUGCAGGGGAUUCCUAAAAGACGUCGGUGUAUGUCACCCCUUCUCAGAGGCCGGCCACAGACUCCUCCUGUCAUGAAUAAUCACAUUGGAGGAAAAGGGCCACCUACACCUGUAACACAAGCACAGCCAGAUCUUGUUAAACCUAUUCCUAUUCACAAAACUUCAGAAACCAAUAACGAGAUUGCAGCGGAUGAUGUGAUUGAGAAUCAUGUUGCAGACCCACUUUCAUCAGAUGUUUUUCCAAAUACUAUGGAUUCUGACUUUUCAGUGUCCUCUUAUCCGUUCAAUUCACUGGAUGGACCAACAACUCCUUCAGAGGAUCUAGACCAUGAACAUUUAGGAACUAAUAACCUUAACAUCGAUGAAUUUAUGAAAAAUGAAGAGUCGGGUGGUAAAGAUCGCAGUACUCAAGAAAACUUGCCAGCAUCUUUGCCCAACAAAGGAAAAAAAGUGAUACAUUCCAGAAGUGCGAGAGAGGUUAAUAUAGAACUAAAAGCACAAAUUAUGAAGGAGAUUAGAAAGCCAGGAAGAAAAUAUGAAAGAAUCUUCUUUUUACUGAAGCAUGUACAAGGCAGUUUACAAACACGACUGAUAUUUUUACAGAACGUUAUUAAAGAAGCCUCAAGGUUUAAAAAACGAAUGCUGAUAGAACAGCUUGAGGGUUUUCUGGAAGAAAUCCAUCGCAGAGCCAACCAAGUCAACCAUAUCAACAGCAGCUAAGAGAUGUUUUACACAUAGAAAAGCCACAGUAGGACACGGCUGUAUUACCUGCAUUCAUUUUUGACAUGCACUCUUGGCUCAAGUCCCCUAUCUGAAAGACUAAAAGCUGCUCUCUAGUAUGAUGGAAAAAGUAUACGUCAUCUUUUUCUUCAUUUCUGUUAUUUUUGUAAUGUGAAAAAUAUCACUAAAAGCAUUUUUAUUUAACAAACUAAAAAUAGAGGAUUUCUUGCUUGUCAUUGACUUAAAUGUCACUUUCCCUCAGGUUCUAUUUUCUUAACCCAACCUUCAAAACUAUCAUCUCUGUUAAGGUUGAACUUUGCCAAAAAACAAAAAACAAAAAAAAAAGUUGCUUUGUAAUUUUCAAAAAAAGCACAUACAUUAAACAAGGUAAUGUUUUGUAUAUACAGUUAUUUUGGAUAUAUUAUUGUAAGUUGUACAAAUGUAUUUUGAAAAAUAUUUAAGAAGAGCACUUUUGUUAUUCCAUCAAUAAAAAACAACUCUAUUUUAAUCUUUGGUGGUUAGGAAUGAGUACAGUUUUCAUUGAAGUGGCUCAUUUCUCUCCUCCCCUUUUUAGAUCUACACAGUUUUAUUGUCAGUUUUGAGGAACCAGCUACAAUUUUAAGCCUCACUGGAAAUGCUAAAGCAGCAAAGAGUCCUGUGGCACCUUAUAGACUAACAGAAGUUUUGGAGCAUGAGCUUUUGUGGGUGAAUACCCACUUCAUCGGAUGCAUGGAAAUGCUGACUCUUUGGUUCUCAGAAUAAGAUAUAAAUUACAAAAAGAAACUAAGAAAGCUUCUGUUUGACCGCAUUUUUAUGGUGAUAAGUUGGCAUAGCAUCAAGUAUUCAAGUCUUAUUUUUACUGAACAGCAUCACAUCUUAUGUACGAUAUGCACACCAGAAAAAUGGCAAAAUGUGGGAUUAUUUAAUUUUUCUUUGAGAUUUAACAAUCUUUCCAAUUACCCCAACCUCAUCCUUUGCUCCUUAACGAGGCUGCUUGUGUGCCUAACCCCUUCUCCCUUCUCAGGCCCUGCACUGUAAAGUAAAAAUUUUUUUAAUGUAAAAUCUGCAUUGGAAGAAGUGUAUGUGGUGGUACUGAUUCAUUUGUUUAGGCGAGUAUAGAAACUCAGGCUGUGUCUACUGCAAGUGAAGGUGUGAGUGUAGCAUGGGUAUGCCUACCUGAGCUGUUAGCUUUAAUUUAGCUAGACCGGGUGACAACAGUAGUGUAGACGUGGUGGCUCAGAUUAACAACCCAAGUCCAUAGUCAGAGUCCCCAGUGGGCUUGUACUCUGCUGUCCUGGUGCCAGUUCCUUAACAGACUAUCCCUCAGAUGGAUUAUUUCUUUUGGCUGCACUUCAGGCUGCUUGUUUACCUCACCACUUCAGCUUGGUAAUGUAACUGAUUCUGUACCCUACUUCAGUUUUUAAUUUUUUGUUUAACACUUCAGUUUCAGGAGCAGAAAAUAAA